UGUCAGUCACUUAAAACGUCAAAAAAUUGGUAGAAAAAGUUGGGUGUAGCGUGUAUUUUACAAAACGCAUUGCCUAUUUCCAUUUCCAACUUCCAUAUCAUAACCAAAGAUGUCGGGUCGUGAAGGUGGUAAAAAGAAGCCGCUAAAGGCUCCCAAGAAAGAAUCAAAAGACCUCGACGAGGAUGACCUAGCCCACAAACAAAAGUUAAAGGAACAACAAAAGGCAUUACAGGAGGCGAAAGCCAAGGCUUCACAAAAAGGUCCUUUAGCAACAGGUGGCAUCAAAAAGUCUGGCAAAAAGUGACCAAUUGAAGUUUAAUUAAUUUAUAGGUUAUAAAUUCUAAUGUAAGAAGUAAUAAAAGAUCUUUUGUUUUAUUUGAUGGAAAUAUACGACAGUAUACACAGUAAGGGUAUUGACUAGUAUCAUGUAACUUAAAAAAUAUUUUCCACUGCCAUCGCUGGCUCAAUAUUAUAACUUUCGAACAUUAUCAACAUUGUAACUAUGCAUUUGGUAUAAUAAAGCAUUUCUAAUCGUA